GGCUGUGUGUACACCCGAUCUCUCAGCUGAGCUGGAGCACGGCUGUUUUCUUUUUUUUGGCCCUGAGAAUUGACCUGGAGAUGGAUGCGGCGGCGGAGCAGGAGCAGGAACGCUCCUGGAAGAUUCCUGUCAAGGUGGUGGGCUCUCUACCACGUAUCAGUGCCAGGGAUCUCAGUUACGAAGAAUUCUGGUCCCAGUUUCUGGUCCCAAAUAAACCGGUCUUGAUACUUGGCGCGACGGACGGCUGGCGAGCGUCCCGUGAUUGGCUGGCAAAGGACGGUUCCCCGAACCUUCCUUUCAUCAAGAAGGAAUUUGGCAAUUCACGAGUGCAAGUGGCAGAUUGCGAUGUGCGCGAGUACAGUGAUCAGAAACGAAAAUCGUCAACUGUAGGGGAAUUUGUAGAUUACUGGCUCAAACUAAGGGAGCAAAGGCAAGAGAGGAGAGUCAAAGAAAAGCAGGGACAGGGUACAUCUAGUAUUUGUUCUUCUUCCUCUUCUUCCUCUUCCUCCUCGUCUACAUCCUCCAUCUCUUCUUCCCCCUCGUCUAUCUUCUCCACCUCUUCCUCCUCCUUCUCUUCGCCCUUGUCUUCCGCUUCCGACGAGUCUUCAAUAAGCAGAAGCCAUGGAGGAAUCGGCACCAUCUUCAUUUCCACCACCUGUUCGUACUCUUCCCCGAGCUCAAUAUGCUCCACUUCUUCCAUGGCCUACUCCUCUUCUUUAACCCUUCCCUGCUCUCCAUCGUCUUCCACCUCCUUCACCAACUUCUCCUCCUGCUCGGACACAAUGGCUUCUUUUCCUUUCCCUUGUUCAACCUCCGCUUCUUCCUCCCACUUCUCUUCCUCCUCCUCCUCCUCCUCCUCUCUGCCCAGCACCUCGUCCUUCGCCUCCAUCUCAUUCCUCGCAUCCUCGUCUUCCUCCUCGUCCUGUUCCUGUCCCUGUUCCUCUUCUUCGUCUUCUUCCUCCUCCUCCUCUUCUGUGUUUUAUCUCAAGGAUUGGCACUUUGUGUCAGAGUAUCCUGAGUACAGAGCAUACACAACACCGGUGUUUUUCAGAGAGGAUUGGCUGAAUAGCUAUCUCGAUCGUUAUCAGCUGCUUCAUGACAAUGGCGACGGCGGCGAGACGACAGCUGAGUGCCACGUGGAAGAUGAUCAUCGCCCUCCUCUUUGUGACUCGUUCGAGACUUCAGAUUACCGCUUCGUUUACAUGGGGCCUCAGGGGUCGUGGACCCCCCUUCACGCCGACGUUCUCCGAUCGUACAGUUGGUCGGCCAAUGUGUGUGGUAGGAAGCUAUGGCUGUUUCUAGAUCCUUCUCAGACGCAUCUGCUGCAAAACCGUUGGGGUCGGAACACCCUCUACGAUAUCGCUACAGAUCCCGACCUUCUUGUCGACUCUCAUUAUCGGCCGCUUUAUCCAGGCUUCUCCCAGACUAGAUGGCUGCAAUGUGUUCAGGACGAAGGGUCUGCUAUUUUUGUCCCCAGCGGUUGGUUCCAUCAAGUUUUCAACCUCGAAGACACAAUCUCCAUCAAUCAUAACUGGAUAAAUGCGUGCAAUCUACAUUGGACAUGGCGUUUAUUGAGAGAUGACUACAAGGAGACGGUUGAGUCGAUAGAGGAUAUUCGGGAAAUUGCCGGCAACGAGUUCGAAUCCCUCUGCCAGCGCAAUUUGGCGGCAAACUCGGGGAUGAAUUUCGCCGACUUCUUCGUCUUCGUGCGGACUUGUGUUGCGGGCGAGAUCUCUGCAGUUCUGUCCUGCAUAACCAGGAUGAUAAUGGAGGGCGGCGGGCGGCGCGAGAAGAAGUUCGGAGAGGAAGUGCCGAGGGAGCAGGAGAAGGAGCCGCUGGAGAUCAUGAUGAAGAUGGGCAUGGAGGAGGAGGGGAGGGAGGUAGUAGUAGCGGCGAAGGAUGUCGAAGGGGUUUUUCAAAAUAAGAAGGAAACGAACGAUAGAGGGGUAGUAGAUCAAACGAAGGAGAAAGGACAUAAUGAUCAUAUCGUAAUGAUCUCAGAAGGUGGGGUGAAGGAGAAAGCCGAGAAGGAGGAGGUGUUGGAUACUCAGCAGCAGGAAGGCGUGGAGGAGGAGAGGAGGGAGGUGGCGAGGGAGGUUGAGGAGGAGGGGGGGCAUAUUAGAGUGCAACAACGCCCGAGGGACACCUGCGAAGGCAGCCGUGACUGGCUUGAAGCUGCUACUGACAAGAAGGACGAAAGAAGUGGAAGAGUCAGUCGUCGGAUGAAGAAUGGAUAUCCAGCAAGUCUGAACAGAUUGACAGAAUCUGAUUGUUGUGUGCAGCACCUUGCGAGGUCGGAGUGUGGAGGAGGAAGACCGCCGGACACUCCUACCGGGGAUAGUUGUGCGUCGGGAUCGGUCCCAGAGGAGAGGAGGAUGGGGGACUGUCCUGGAUCUGGAUCUGAGUCCCUAUCUUCUUUCUCCUUGGAAGAUCAAAUGGUGGAACUCCGCCGGCUGGUUUUUAACUUGUUGAGAGGGCGAUCUGUGCUGCGGGAUAUUGACCGUACUGGCGUCUUAGAAAACGCUAAGGGCAAGGGCAUGGAGGGUGCCAAGGUGGAAUCGGGUUCGGCCUCGCGAUUGGCUGAUGAUGAUAAUGAUUAUGAUGGACCCAUGACUCUCUUGGCCCGGCUGCAACGAGAAGUAGAGGAGGAAGAGGAGAAGGGGAAGGAGGAGGAGGAAUGUGUCGAGGGUGAAGGGAGAACUCAGCGCCUCAUGGAGAAUAAUUGCUGGCGUCAGCAUGCUGAGCAGCCGGCUCUUGACCCUAAGAAACUGCUUUCCGACGCCGAGACGUUUUGCAUGCUUCGAAAAGUGGUUGAUAGCGUUGGAGAACGGGGUCUAGGAUUGGGUAUUGGACCUGCCGACGUGGUGGCUUCUUUGGAUAAGGUGUUGAGAAUGCUGCCACGUUGGACUUGUUUGGCAGAUAUGCAGAUUCCAUCAGUCCCACCCGCAGUGGGACUGAUGUCACGGUAGGAAACGAGUACAUUGCAACAUGCCUUUCAGCUUGUUCUCUUCUAAACCACCACUGUUGUUGGGCUGAACCUUUGCCGCAGGGGUGGUUUACUUUUUUUUUUUUUUUUAACAUGAAACUCAGCUCAUUUGAUUUGGCACACCAAAAUAGAGGCCGUGAAUCCUCCAUAACCAACCCGGAAAAAGGAACAGAAAACCAAGAUGUGGGUGUCGGGGGGAAAAAGCCAGAGACAGAAAUGGCCAAUCCAGGGUGGUUUACUGUGGCUGAAGCUUUCUUUUUCUUUUCAAUUUUUAACCACCACCACCUCUCCCAGGUUUUUUUCUUUGUCUGAGCUGCAUGCACGCCGCAUCUUCAGGGGAUUGGGGCCCAAGUCUCACUUAUCUGAAUCCUCGAUUGCUGACCGUAGAUUAGACAGCCACGUGGUACUUCUGUAAUGAACCCGGACUGGAAGAUACUCAGUCGUACUUCUGUAAUGAACCCGGACUGGAAGAUACUCGUCAGACGUCGAAGUACAAGUUGACUCUGAUCUGCACAAUGUCUCCGAUAAUCGUGAAAGUGAUAUCUGAUACAGUGUCUCUGACUCUGAUCUGCACAAUGUCUCUGAUAAUCGUAAAAGUGAUAUCUGAUACAGUGUCUCGCUACCAACAGACAAAGAGAGUGGAGGAGGAAUAGACCGAUAAGAGGGUGGAAGAGAUAAUCAAUGACCACCGAAGAG